AUGUUUAAGCUUGUGCUAUUGUGUACAGUCUUCGCUGCAGCGGCGGCCAAGCCUGGGACUGUGAUCGCAGCACCUUUCACGCAGUACUCUACUUUCGUGGCACCAGCAUCUACAUCCAUCUCUAAAUACGACACCAGUGUAAUCCACCCAACGCCGAUUCAUUAUUACACUGCACCAUUGGCAUACGCUCACUUGAUCAAGAAGCGCUCUCCUCAGCUGCCUUUGGCGUACUACACGCACUCUAACUACGUUGCGCCUACUACCUAUAUAGCGCCAAACACUUAUGUGGCUACAGCUCCGCUAGUUUCCAGCACAUCGUUUCUGCCAGCUGUUGCACCGAUCUCGCCAGCUCUGCACUUAAUAAAGAAGAGGUCCGUGCUAGCAGGGGCAUACUUCCCUCCACAAGUCUACACUGCAGCUUCAACUCCAAUCCUUACCACUUCGUACGCAUCAGCCGCCGCUCCUUUGAUCCCCACAGCUCAUUUGUACCCUGCGAACGUUGGUUACACUCACCUUAUUAAAAAACGUUCUGCUCCUCUUCUUAAUACCUAUAUUGCUCCCACUGCUUAUUCUCACCAGUCUAGGUUUGACCUGCAAACUUCUCAUACACCCCUCACUUCUAUUACCUACAGUGCCCCUAUUGCCUAUGCCAACAACCUUGCAUACUCUCAUGUGUACUAA